AUGAAUAAUAGGAAAAGGAAUAAAUAUGAAAAGAACGAAUAUAUGUCAUUACCCUUAGAAAAAACUGAUUUACUUAUUGAAAACAUACAUAAUUUAAAAAACUGUUUAAAUUCAUAUAGAAAAGAAUUACAAGAAAAGAAUAAAUAUAUUAAUGAUGUCAAAUUACGUUUGAGUUUUUAUGAAUGUCUUUUUAGAAACGUUAACAUAGUAUGGAAAAUUUUUAAUAGCGAUUUGUUGGCUUUGAUAAAAGGAAAUAUAGAAGCUAAGGAAAAUGAGGCACAUAACACAGGAAGACAAAAGGAGAAAGAAAAUGGACGCGAUGAGCGCUGCGAGUUAGAUCUAGAUGACAAUGGAAAUGAUAAGAGCAAAUGUAGUGAUAAGCAUAACCACGAUGAUGAUUACAGUAACAGUGAUGACUACAAUUACUAUGAUAAUGAUGAUAUUUGUGAUUGGGGAAAUAAUUUGGCCCAGUCCCCAUAUUAUAACAUAGACAACUUUCAAGAGCUAUUUUUAAAAUAUGUGAGCAUAAAUAGUACGGAAAAUGAUGAAGAUGAUGUACAUUUUUUAAAAUCCAUAUCUAGAGAGGAAGAGGAAGAAGAAGAGAGACAAACGAUGAUAGUUAAUAGAAAGAAAAGAAUUAAACUUAAUAGUGAUCAUCUAGUAAACGAGAGAAAGUUCAUUAAAAGUGAAAACGUUAAGGGGAGCAUUGAAAAGACCGAGUUGUACAACAAAUGUGUUAAUAGCACUAGGAAGGACAAGGAAAAGAAGAGCGGAAAGAUGCCACAGCAGGGAACCGUAAAAAAGGAGCAAAAAUGGGGAGAAGAAAUAAAAGAAGAGCAUGAGGAAAGAGAAAUUAAGGCUUAUCGUGGUGAGGGAGAAAUAAAGGUAUACGGAGAUAAGGGCGAGAAGUACACAAAAGAUACUGUCAGGGGAGAUAAGUUAAUUCACGUAAAAAAAGAAAAUCUGGGUGAAGAGGAGGAAGAAGGAGGAACAGAAAAAGGAGGAGACGAAGAAGGAGAAACAGAAAAAGGAGGAGACAAAGAAGGAGAAAACAAAGGAGAGAAGGAAAAGGAAAAAAACAAAGAGCGCAAAAAAAAUGAUUAUAAUAAAGUAUCAGAUAAAAAUACAAUGAAUAAGGGUAGAAGGGGAAGUGUAGGUAGUACUAAUGACAGAAAUAGUGAGAAGAAGAUUCAUUUAAGUUCACAGGAAAAAAUAAAUUUUGAAUGCGGUGUUGCUACAACAUCUAGUUCUGCUACUGCUGCUACAGAUGGAGUAACAUCCCCCCCAUCGGAUCGUUUAAGUAGGAAAGUUGUAAGUGGAAAAAAUCACAGUAGUAGAGGUAAAUAUGAAGGUAAGGAUGAUAAAGAAAAAGAUGAAGAUAAAUUUGAGGAUAGAGAUGAGGACAAAGAUGAAGGUAAAAAUGAGGACAUUGAUGGGGGCAUAGAUGAAGACAUGGAUGUGGAUAAAACCGAUAAAGUUAUUAGGAAGGCGAAGGGGAAAAGAGAAAAAUGCGAUCAUCAUGUAGAUGAUGAUAUGACCAUACAUAAUAAUAGUAAAAACAAUUUUGAAGAUAGAUUACAAACAAGUUUUUUAAAAAAUAUGAAAAGAACCUUAGGAUUUUUAAAUAAACUUAUGGAGGUAAAAAACAUUGACGUGAAAUAUAAUAUAGAGCAUGAGAGAAAAAUAAAUUACGAAAAAAGUGUUUAUUAUGAGAAGUAUAUGGAGGAAAAGAAAAAGAGAAAUGAAUUACAAAAUAAUUAUGAUAUAUUAAAAGUAGAAGUGGAUAGAUUAGAAAAGAAAAAGGCUUCUUUACUGUUUAAGGUAUACAAUGAGAAUAUUUGUAAAAAUAUUAUAGAAGAGGGUAAAAUUAAUAAUUUAGAGGAUACAAUAAAUAGCGAUUUUAAUGUUGAAAAUGUUGAUAAUUUUGAAGAGAAAAAUAAAAUUACUUGUAUUAAUUGUGGUUAUAGCAAUUUUUUGGAUAAGGAUAUUUGUAAAAACGUAAAUGCAGAUAUAGUAGUUAUAGGAGGAACAGGAAAGGGGGGCGAAAACAUAAACCGCAGGAGCAACACAAGCGGAGGAAUUGACGAUAGCCGCUACUAUAAGAGCGAUUCUAAAGUCCUUUUCAAUUUUGAGAAAAUAAUAACAAGAGAUAAGAUAAUUAAUAGUGAGCCUUUCAAAAAUUUAAUAAAUGAAUCGAGCGAAAUCCAUAAGAUAUUAAAAGCCAAGGAAAAUGAAAUAUUGCUUUUAAAAAAAGAAAUUAUAAAAAUGGAGAGGAUCCAAGAUGAAGAGUAUGAAAGUUUAUUGACGGAUACAAUAAAUAAUAAAAAAGAUUUGACAAAGAAAAUAAAAGAUUUAGAAAUAGAUAUAGUAACAUAUAAAUUAGACAAAGAGAAAAUGAAGAACAAAGUUGAUAUACAGGAAUAUGAAAUAAGUGUAUUAAAAAGUAUAGAAAAAAAUCAAAGCAUGCAAUUACAACAAAAAGAGAAUGAAAUUAUGAAAAUGAAGGUACAGCUAGAUAGGCUAAAAAUAAGUGAAAAUAAUUUAAAGCAGAAACUUGAACUCUUAGAAGGGGAAAAAGAUCGCUUAUUCGGUUAUGCGGUAGAUGGUAUUAUUCAGGGGGAGGGAAUACAAAAUAAUCAGUUCGUUUCCAAUGGUAAACAAAGUGGAUGCUUGGACUCGUUCGAACAGAGAAGCUGCAUGGGUGCCAUCGAGUCUGUGAUGAAGAAGGGAAGUGUAAUACCCGUCAGUGAAAAGUUACAUGAGGAAAGCAGAUUAGGGGAAUGCACUCAUAACAGUGCUAUUGAAAAAAAUGUAGACAAAGAAGAGGGAAGGGAGAUCAUCCCUUUACAGUUUGAGAAGAAUGGCGAGGAGUGCAAACUCUUAGGGGUUGAGGUGAAUGGAGAAGUGGAUGCAAUUACAUUAAACAAAAGGACUGAAACGAUUGAGGUUAGUGAAAGAAACGAUAUUCAUAUUGAUAUAUCUAAGUAUCGUGAACUGGUACAGGAAAACACUAAUUUAAGGCGUAAUUUAGAAAAAAAAAAAAAUGUAGAAAAUGAGCUGUCGAGUCUAAGAAAGAAUUACGAUGCAAUGAGUGAAGAAAUUGAAGAGAUUACAAAAGAAUUUGAAAAGAAGCAAGAACAAAUUGACGAAAUGAUUGUUCAAAUAAAAAACAAAGAAUUAGAAUCGUUAGAAAAACAUAGUAACAUGAUGAAUAAAGUAUAUAUAGAAGAAAAUUUAAAACAGCUUGAAAAUAGUUAUCAAGAAAAGAUGUUAUGCAUAAAUAGGAUUUAUGAAAAAUAUGAAAAUUUUGUUAAUUUUUAUUUAACUUUAUUUUAUCAUGCUAGAAAAAGUGCUAUAAUUGCUGAUAGUGCAAGGGAAGAACAAAUGGGUGUUUUUGUCAAGUUAAAAGAAAAAUAUGAAUUUGUAUUUCAACAAAAAAAUGAAGUAAAUGAUCUUUUAAAAAAAGUUUAUAGUUGUAAUAAAAAAUUAAUUGAUCAAUGUAAUAAUCUGUAUAAGGAAAAUCAAAAUCUUCAGCACACAUUAUUAUAUAACCAGAGAAAUGUAACAAAAGACGGUCCUUCGAAAGAAGACAGACAUAUAUUAGUAGAAGAAAAUAAUGAAUUGCGUAGAAGACUAAUAUGUAGUGUGUGCAUGGAAAAUUUUAGAAAUUAUGUUAUCAUAAAGUGCGGUCAUAUAUAUUGCGAGAAUUGUAUAUUUAGUAAUUUAAAAACGAGAAAUAGGAAAUGUCCGCAGUGUAAAAUACCUUUCGAUAAAAAGGAUUUGCAAAAAAUUUUUCUCGAUUGA